AUGGCUUCGGCUACGUCUUGGGUUGCCACCAGUGGAUGUACGGAUCAUGAGUCCCUUGUCGCUAUCGCGAAAGUCGCCGAACAAGCCGAGAGCAUAGGCCAGAAACAGGAGGGCUCCGACAGCCGAGUAGAACGAACCAAUGCAUACCGCAAAAAGGUAGAGGAAGAAUUGUCAAAAAUUUGUGAGGAAGUUCUGGGAUUGCUUUCGAAAAAUCUUAUCCCUAAUGCCAGCACAACCGAGGCUAAGAUAUUCUACUAUAAAAUGAAGGGUGACUAUCACCGAUAUCUAGCCGAGGUCCAGGAGGGUGAGCUCCGCGAGAAGGCUACCUCAGAGUCUCAGGCCGCUUAUGAAACAGCGACAGAACUGGCUGACAAGGAACUUGGAAAUACUCAUCCUAUUCGUCUUGGCUUGGCGCUUAACUUCUCUGUUUUCUAUUACGAGAUAAAGAACCAGCCUGACAAGGCUUGCGCCUUGGCAAAAGACGCUUUCGAUAAGGCUAUUGCUGAAGUCGACAACAUUCAGGACGAAACAUACAAGGAUAGCACGCUCAUCAUGCAGCUACUGCGAGACAACCUCACACUGUGGACAUCCGAAUCCGAGCCUGAUCAAUAA